CGUUCCGUUCCUUCUCUGUUUCUCGCGCGCGGGGGGGCCGCCCAAGGCAAUGCAGUCUCUUUUUUCUCCCCCGCCCCGUUCGAAAACCGUCAGUCUGCAACCAGCAACACAGGCGGUUGGCUGCUCACGAGAGAUCUUCUUGGCUGCGGACUUUGACGUUAGACCUGCGCUUUCUCGACGACCGACCAGGGUGAAAAACUCACACUCGCUCGCCCACUAACCCCCUGUAGAGACCACCCUUCCUCCCUUGCGAGAACUUUCAAUUCUUCCUCUUCGCGAAACUCGCUUCAAGAUGCCUGGACGACCUCUUUGGCAAGUGGCCGGCAAGCGCGAGCCCGACCAGGAGGCGGAGGCGCAGCGCUGGAUCGAGGUGGUGACGGGCGAGAGGUUUCCUCCGGGUGUUCCCUUCGAGCACGCCCUGCGCGACGGCAUCCUGCUGUGCAAGCUGAUGAACCGCCUGCAGCCGGGCCUCGUGCCCAAGAUCAACACCUCCGGCGGCGACUACAAGAUGAUGGACAACCUCAGCCAGUUCCAGAAGGCGUGCACCGCGUACGGAGUGCCCGACGUCGACCUGUUCCAGACCGUCGACCUGUGGGACAUGAAGAACAUCGCGGCCGUCACCAACACCAUCUUCGCCAUCGGCCGCACCACGUACAAGCACCCCGAGUGGCGCGGGCCCUGGCUGGGACCCAAACCCUCAGAGGAGCACCACCGCGCGUGGACCCAGGAGCAGCUCCGCGCCGGGGAGGGCAUCAUCGGGCUGCAGGCGGGCACCAACAAGGGCGCCACCCAGGCGGGCCAGAGCUUCGGCGCCACCCGGAAGAUCCUGCUGGGGAAGUGAGGCGGUUAUCCCCCGCCGCGCGCGCGUCACACCUGCCGUCAGUCCAGCGACCUCCCUCCUACCUUCCCGCAAGUCACCCCUCUCCAUCCCGCAAGUCACCACUCUCCCUCCCCUCCUUCCAGCAAGUCACCACUCUCCAUCCCUCCUUCCCCGCAAGUCACCACUCUCCAUCCCUCCUUCCCCGCAAGUCACAACUCUCCCUCCCUCCAUCCUACCUUCCCCUAGGCACCCACUCUCCCUCCGUCCUUCCCGCAAGUCACCACUCUCCAUCCCUCCUUCCCGCAAGUCACCCCUCUCCAUCCCUACUUACCGCAAGUCACCCCUCUCCAUCCCUCCUUCCCGCAAGUCACCGACCCCCCUUGUCGCUGGUUGGAAAACCUGUACACGUGUUCCCCCACGAAUUCAAAAAAUCAAAUUUUAUGUAUCUAAUCAUUUUAUCCAUCCCACAAAAAAUGUUACAUCGCAUAUUCUUACGACAAUAGCUAAACGUAACUGACCCAUACAACGCAAAAACUUAAAAAUAAAAAAUACAAUUUUUUUUUCAGACAUUUGAAAAUACAUUAAGACCAUAAACGAAUUUUAUGUAAUAAAACAUGAAACAAAAUAAAUUAUAGUUUGCCGAAUCACACAUAAGAGGAAAUUAAGUUUAAGUAACACGUGUAUCCGUUACUUUUAAUGCAUUGCGAAUGCACCAGUAACUGUACAGCAGUUUUAUUGAUCUAUUCACAUAUUUCACUACCAUCAAAUUUUCUUCUUAAAAUUUGUUUAGAGAGGAUUCCUCAUGUAAGUAACUAAGAAUUAUUCCUUCUAAAUUACAAAAAAAUAUAUAUAUAUUAUUUUAAUGAUAGGGCAAAGUAUUUUAUUAAAGCAAAAACAAAUCAUUAACUCAGUUGUUGUUGUCCUUACGUGCUACAGAAAUUUAAGUUAUUUUUUAAGUUUCAUAUUGUCAUCGUACAUUUUGUUGCCUCUACUUCCGAUUAAAAAAAAAAAACGUUUUUCUGCCAAACAUUAUUUCCGUUGGUGGGUAUUCGGGAAAAUCAUACGCAAGGGAUCAUGUUAUGUUUAAAUAAAAAUAAAUAUUUAUUGAAUGUGUACUAACACAAUGCAGGUUACUAACAAAAUCUAUUAAACUGUAGUGCUAGUAUCACCCUCGGAACGAACAACUAACUUGAUGUCAAUUGUAGAAAGAAGCAAAGAAUAAAAAUAUGACUACCAAAUUUGUUUCUUUCAUUUUGUAUUAUGUAUUUAUUAAACACGAGAUUUCAUGUACCUACAUAUGUAUCUGUAUCAGUGUAACUAGAACAAAUCGCGUUCAGAGUCUUCAUUGAAAUGUGUUUCAAAUGCUUACGGCUUUAUUUGCUUGUAUACUUUUGUUAAAUUUGGGUCCAAAAAGUCAGUAAUAACAAAUAAAAUAUACACGAAUGCCACUAGC